CCCUUCGAGCCGAACGCCAAGGUGGCGGCGGCGUCGGUGCUGAGCGUGGUGGGCGCCGCGCUGGCGAACGCGGGCGGCGUUGGCGGCGGGGGGCUGUUCGUACCGCUGUUCAAUCUGCUGCUGGGCUACGACGCCAAAACGUCCACCGCGCUCUCGAAAUCAAUGAUUAUGGGCGGCGCCAUAGCGAGCGCGUGUUUCAAUGCGGGUCUGCGGCACCCCACCAACAACCACCGCUCUCUCAUCGACUUCUCGAUCGCGCGGCUGAUGCAGCCGAUGUUGCUGCUGGGCAUCAGCAUUGGCGUCAUGUGCAACGUCGUCUUCCCGCCAUGGCUCAUCACCGUCAUGCUCUGCGUCCUCCUCUCCUUCAUGACGUACAAGACCCUGGGCAAGGGCAUUGCCACGUGGAGGAAGGAGUCGCGCGUCAAUUCGGCGCUCUCCCGAACAUCAUCCGUGUCAUCCCAUACCUCCCGCCGCCCAACCACACCUGGUACGCCCCGCACGCGCCACUCCCCGCACGCCCCACUCCUCGCACUCUCUCAUUUGCACAACCCACCAAUUUUUUUUCACCUCCUCACCUCCACGAGGCCUCCUUUCUCCCGCAUGCAUCCCACUCCCCCUUCCCUUCCUCUCCAACCCUUGCCUUACUCCCCUCAGGCUACCGCGGCCCUCACACAACAGCAGCAGCAGCAGGGGGAGGCAGGUCGGAGCAGCAGUACAGGAGCAACAGGCACAGCAGAGGCGACGCAUCGCCCUUCUCGACUCUCCCCAACGGCCACUCGCACUCAUCAACUCUCUACAAUCCCCCACACUCCCACCACCACCACCACCACCACGAGGCCGCGUCUCUCAAGCCCACCAUGUCACUCGACUCAGCCUUUGCUACCCGCUCCUUUGCUGCCGCCCCUCCACCGUCCGCGCUGCUGUCCCACGCGUCCCUGCACUCGUACACGAGCCUGGACUCGGAGACUGCGUUGACCGUGCAUGACUUGGUUGACCCCACCAGCCUGCCAGCUCCCGUCGAGGAAGAGGAGGGGCGGGGGGUGCAUGCGGUGGGGGAAAAGGGGCGAGAGGGGCAGCACGGGGGAGAUAGCUGUGGGGAGGGGCGAGAGGGAGAUGUGCCAGGAGGAGGAGGAGGCGCGGAUGCUGCGGCAGAUGCGGUGGAGGAUGGGCGGGCAGGGGCGGGCUGUGCUGGAGCCGGUGGGGACGGCAUUAUUGAUGGUGGUGGUGGUGCUGCUGCUGCUGCUGCUGCUUCGGGUGUUGCUGCUGGUGGUGGUGAGGAUGAUGAGUUACGGAAGCCGCUGCUGGGCCGAUUGAGGGUGAACGAAGAUGGCGAGAGGCAAGCUGCCACGCCCCGCUCCCAAGUACGAUCCCAUGCCACAUUCUCUCCCCUCGCUUCCUCUUGCAAUCCUUCCCCCCUUCUCCCUGUGCUCUCGUUCUCUCCGCUCGUAUUCACCCCCUCUCCCGUUCACCCUCCCUCCCGGUCACCUUCCUUCUCGUGCCUUCUGCCUACGAUAUACACGAGACUUACAGCGUCGCUCCCCCCAUGUCUCUCCCGCAGUGCCAAGCGCAAGCACCGCCAGCAGCAGCAGCGGGGGGCCGGCGGCGGUGGCUAA